GUGACGCAGUUGACUUCUCGGUGGGAAGGCACGAAGAACUGACCUCUAAAGAAGGAACCCCGGUGCAGCUUUGCUGUGAGACGCUAGGGAGCCACAGCAGCCAAAGGUGUCAGCAUGGGCAGCAGUGACGCCCACCCGCCACCGCCGCGGAGGAAGCAGGGUCCCGCCCCCGCCCAACGUCGGCGCGGUUUCUCAGCGCUCACGGGCGGUUAGUUGCCUCCGCGACGGUCGGUCUAAAGCGGCCAGCGGAAGGCCACGUAUCGUGUGCCCGAGUUUUAUUCGAGGAGGCGGCGGUUGGACUCGCAGGCCGACUAGCCGGAUGUAAGUGCACCUGGGCCGCCCCCAGCCCGCGGCGGGUGGAAAGCCGACCCCCUCCCGCCCGCGGCGCCCGACGGGGCUCGGUGGCGGUGCAGCGACGCCCUCCAUUCCCUCGGCCAAGGACCUGCUCUCCGCCCUCCCCAGGCAGGGGCGCCGCCUUAGCCUGGGGCGAACCUCACUCGAGGAGACCGGGGCUUAGUUGUCUACAAAAACCAGACGAUGGAGCAGUUGGGAUUCCGAUUAGGGAUGUGGUACUGGAAAGAUGAAACCAGAACUCUUGAAUUCAGAAGUUUUACACCUGCAGUAGAACUCAGAGAAAGAGGAAAGAAAGGCAAAGCAGUUCACUUUGCUGAAAUUGAUGGUCCAGCUUCAGACAGGUUGACAGAUAAAAGGUUUGCUUUAAGAGACGACAAGUCACCCAAAGGCUUAGAGAAACGAAGUCAGCAGGGCAAUGUUACACUCCUCGAUGCUAAAUAUGUUGCUUUGCUUUUGCUACAAGAUACUGAGAUGCAGCAUAUCUGUUCUUUUACAACAUUUCUGAGGAAUAAGAAUCUUGACGAUUUCCUCAUGGCAUUGUUGUACUAUUUAUAUUAUUACUUGGAAAAAAUCUCACAGGAAAAGAAACCCAAAAGCUGUGUGGUGGGCCUUGUAGAGAAAAAAGAGAUGGAAUUGAUUAUCAGUAAGUUAGAAGCAGCACAGAAAUACUUGGCACAGAAGUACUGUGUCCUCGUCCUGGGCUUGGGAAUGCCUGAUAAGCAUCACAUGUGCUGCGGAAAGGGGAAAAUAUCAAAUACACAAAAAGACUGGAAAUUCUUUGAGUCCUUUUAUACUUUCUGUACGUAUGUAGCCUGGAUUGUCUUCCGACGUCAACACUUCACAGAGAUUGAGGAAGAAAUAGGGAGGCUCUUUCGUUCCGACAUGUUCAACAUUCCUCGAAGGAAGCGUGAGGAUGAAGAGUCAGGAGGGGAAAAGAAACGCAUGACUUUUGUACAAUUCAGGAGAAUGAUGGCAAAGCGCCCAGCGAUGAAAAAAGCCAUUAACAUGCGCUCUCCAGUCAUGUCUACUCUGCUGCCCUCUCUCAGAGAAAAAGCUCAGAAUAUCUCUGACAAAAAGUACCGCCAAGCAGGCAUGAAAUUCCCAGUCUGGAUGCAAGAGCACAAGGAAAAUCUGGACUCUGUGCACAUGCCAAUAGUUGGCAUCCUGGGGGAGCCUCGAUGUCAGUUCAACCCCCAUACCCUUAUCCCCCUCGAUACAGAGGAAAGCAUGAAGUCUGGGGGACAGUCUUCCAUGAUAGAAAGAAAUAACAUGAGGAUUCAGGAUACACUGGACUCAGUCAUGAGAAAGAAAUAACAUGAGGAUUCAGGAUACACUGGACUUAGUCAUGAGAACGCUGUCCUCUCAAACAACAUUCCCUAAAUAAUCUGUACAUUCCAUCUCUGUAAUUAAUUCCUGUAUUUGAAGUAAACUACUUUGACUUAAUCACUUUAUACAGGACUAGU